AUGGCCAAAACAAGCGAUUCGAAUAUAGCAGAAGCCGUUCUGGCGGAUUCGGCCGAUGUGUUUGUGUUACAACAUGAAAGAUCGAUACUACCAGGGCGUAUUGAUGAUUUGGCGAACACGCCAAUAAAAUUUGGUGGCUUAGCCGGGAACAAUCGACUACAUACGGAUGGUAAGAGAGAAUUUAUCAUCGCGAAACGUUUGUGUUGUGGAUCCAUGAAACGGGCCACCUGAACAGUAACUGUCGCGUAAGAAAGAUAUGCAAGGUUUGCAGUGAAGCACACCCAAAUUCUUUUCACGGAGAUAAUCGGAAGUCAAGAUCGAGUUUGGCUACGAAACCGAAAGACGAUUCUCCCAAAACGAGACAAGAACCGAAUAAAGUCAAAGACAGUUCGAAUGAAGAUACAACCAUUUCCAACUGCAUUGAAGUUUGUAAAACGAACAUUUACAUUGGGUCAAUCUCACAUUCGCUCAUAGUUCCUGUUUGGCUGCAUCAUAAAACCAACCGGAGUCACAAAAUCAUGGUAUACGCGCUUUUGGAUGAACUGUCAGUUGCUUGCUUCGUUAAGGGCUCUGUCCUGAAUGAAGUAGGAGUUGAUGGUCCUGAAGUUCAACUCGAGUUUUCAACAGUAUUGGCACGAGAAACCGUAAACAGUCGAAAGAUCGCUGGUUUAACAGUUCGUGGUGUUAACAAAACGAGUGAAAUUACACUCCCUGAAACGUACACCCAGGAGGUAAUCCCAGCAAGACAUGGACAGAUUCCUAGACCAGAAUCGGCCCGUAAAUGAUCACACCUGAAGAAGAUUGCUGAAUUUUUUAUGCCAUUCCGAAACGAGGUGGUGGUUGGACUCCUCAUUGGCACAAAUUGCGCACGAGCGAUCAAACCACGUGAAAUCAUACCUGGUAAUAAUGAUGACCCUUACGCGAAAAGGACUGCGCUUGGCUGGGGGGAAUCGUUGCCAUUGUCGAAGCGAAGGUAAACGAAGAAUCCGACGAGAAAUACGUUGUUGUGAAUCGAAUCAUCACACACGAAGCCAAUGUUGGUCCAGACAGAAGGAUUUGUCAUUUGGCCUUGAGAGCACAGGUCAAGGAGAUUAUGUUUAAUCAAAUGUUCGAGUUAGAUUUCAGUGAACGAAGCAAAGAGGAACAACCUCUUUCCUACGAAGAUAAGAUGUUCAUUAAGAAGGCCAAGAAAGGAAUCCAUCAACGUGAAGAUGGUCAUGAUGAAAUACCCCUACCUUUCAAAGAUGACGAAGCUGCCCAAUAACAAAAGUCAGAAAGGAGAGACAAGAAAUAUCAAAAGGAAUACCUGACAUUUUUUAAUGGAAUCAUUGCUAGUAACAACGCCGAACUUGUUCCUCUGGAAUAGAUGGAAUUGGACGACGGUUGAAUUUGGUAUCUACUGCACCAUGGUGUCUAUCAUCAUAGAAAACCUGACAAGAUAAAAGUAGUCUUUCAUUGUAGUGGUGUAUGCAAAGGACAAUCCCUAAAUCAAACUCUAUUACCGGGACCUGACCUUACAAACAGUCUGCAGGGUGUUCUUUGUCGUUUCCGCCAUGAUAACACUGCUUUCACGUGCGAUCUCGAGGCUAUGUUCCACCAAGUGAUGGUGAAUGUCAACGAUCGAAAUUUCCUUCGUUUCCUAUGUUGGAAGGAUGGUUAUUUGGACAGGGAACCAAUUGUGUACUGAAUGACAGUGCAUUUAUUUGGAGCAACUUCAUCACCUGGUUGCGCCAACGUUGGUCUGAAGACGACAGCUGAUGACUACGAAAGAGAAUGUGGAAGCCAAGCAGCCAACUUUGUGAGAGAUAAUUUCUACGUUGACGACGGACUAAAGUCGGUUUCCACGCCCACCAAUGCUAUCGAUCUAAUCCAGAAGACCAAAACGCUAUGCAAGAAAGGAGGCAUUCGUCUUCACAAGAUAAUCUCCACAAUAAGGAAGUUGUUGAAGCAAUUCCCCCCCCCCGAGAAACGCGCGAAAGGUAUUCUGGACCUGGAUCCAACUCGUGAUGCCCUUCCAAUUGAGAGAGCCCUGUGAGUCCAGUUGUGCGUGGAAUCUGAUACUCUUAAAUUUCGGAUUGAAUUAGCUGACCGACCACAUACAAGAAGAGGCAUCUUGUGAACAGUGAGUUCUGUGUUUGACCCCUUGGGAGUCCUUGCUCCGUUCGUGAUAAUUGGAAAGAGAGUGCUUCGAGAGUUGUGUAGAGAUGGAGCGAAUUGGGGAUGACAAGAUCCAGAUUAUCUGUUGUCCAGGUGGGAAAGAUGGAGAAACGAAGUAGUACUGUUAGCAAAACUAAGUAGUAUCCCUCGUUGUUAUGUACAAGUCGACUUUGGAGAAAUCCAAGUAGUGGAAAUGCACAACUUCUCGGACGCAAGUGAAAUUGGUUACGGACGACAGUGUUCCUAUUUGAGGCUCGUUGACCAUGUGGGUCGGAUUCAUUGUUCGUUGAUAUUGGCAAAAUCUCGAGUGGCACCGUUGAAGCUUGUAACAAUUCCUCGACUAGAGCUUACUGCUGCGUUGGUGACGGCAAAAAUCGGGGUGUUAUUGAAAAGGGAGUUAGAGUACGAGCAAGUCAAUGAGUUCUUUUGGUCCGAUAGUAAAGUCGUACUUGGGUACAUUUUCAACAGUGCGCGUCGUUUCCAUGUCUUCGUCGCAAACAGUAUUGAACAGAUUCGUGACCUCACUUCACUUGCUCAAUGGAGAUAUGUAGAGUCGACAGAAAAUCCAGCUGGUUAUCCUUCCCGUGGUCUUUACGCCCAAGACUUAAUUGACAAGAAAGAGUGGUGGCAUGGACCCGUUUUCCUUUGGACCAAUUUCGACACACAGCGGGGUGUAAUCGAGAACGCAGUCGCUGUUUCUCCAGAUGACUCCGAAGUGAGAAGGAUUUCCACACUUGUCACUGAGGUCAAGGAACUAGCAGACAUUGAAGAAGGUUUGCGUCGUUUUUCUAGUUGGUAUCAAGCCAAGAGAGCUAUUUCGCUUUGUCUUCGUUUUCGAAAGAGACUUACAAGUCAGCUGCGUCAGAAGAGUUCGUCAGCCUCCGAUGGUAACAAGCCGAAGCGGAAAGAAAUCGAAGAUGACGGACAAACAAAUCCCAUUAGUAAAGAUUUGAAACAGCUAGUGAAUAAAAGCAUCAAGGCUACCAGGCAAGAAAAGUUGUCCUACAAGUCAGUAACCGUCGAUAAACUCCAGGAUGCUGAAAGCGAAAUCAUCAAGAUUGUUCAGAACAAAGCAUUCGACGAUGAGAUUGUUUUAUUACGUCAUCUGGAUCCACAGAACAUAACCCCUCCACCCGGAGAUGUUCGAAACCAAGUCAGAAAAACUGUGAAAUUGAAAAAAUCGAGUUCAAUUUAUCAACUAGAUCCGUUCCUUGGUAAAGAUGGUAUUCCGCGUGUGGGUGGCCGAAUCAGACGUGCAAGUGUUCCUGAGAACGUUAAGCACAUAUGUAUCCUUUCAAGAAAAGGCCGUAUGACCGAGCCAGUUAUCUGUCACCAUCAUCAGAAGGUUGCACACCAGGGACGCGGAAUGACGCAUAACAACAUCAGAUCGUCCGGAUUCUAG